AUGUCGGGAGAACAAAAUGCUUCCUGCCGGGAACGAUUUUUCCGUAGAAGCAUAACCAAGAACGCCGUUUACCAGUGCAAAUACGGGAACCACUGUGAGAUCGACAUGUAUAUGCGACGGAAAUGUCAGGAGUGCCGGCUGAAGAAGUGCUUGAACGUCGGCAUGAGGCCGGAAUGUAAAUAUCAUCUUUGGCUCGACAUCGAACUGCCUAAUUAUUACUCGACAAAAAAAUAA